GGGAAUACACUUGUUUCCCCAUCAGCUCCAGAAAACCACCUUCCAUCCAUGUAAACCCCCUUUUUUAUUCAAUCAAAAAGGGCUAAAUUGUGGCACAGCAACACAAAAUAGAGCCCGCCGGUGCCAAGGAAGACGCGCAAUAACGGAGUAGCAGGAGCUUCAGUCACUCGCUAUACUGUUAUGAAGCGAGAAUGAGCAGCGCAGAAGACAGCGGGAGCAAGUGCUCGUCCGGCCCCAUCUCCAGCUUCACCAUCCAGUCCAUUUUGGGGACCAAGUCGGACGCACCGCGCUCCGGAACCAAAGACUCGUCGCCGCGGAGGCGCACACUCUCCGUGUCCUCGGAGGAGGAGUGCAGCGGCGCGGAGGACUCGGCGGACUGUUUCUGCUCCUCCGACACGGGUCACAGCGAGCCGUGCAGCCAGCGGACAUCCCAUAAUUUUCCCUGUUUAGGUUCCUCCAAAGGAGUUCUGUCUGGGAGUGACGCGCUGUCGCGGAGGGGUCUUCAGGACUACAAGGAUGAGCAGGAGAGCGCGUGCCAUCAGAUGUCCCCCAUGUCCGAGGAGAGACAGACGGACAAACAGGGCAGCUCGGCCAAGAAGAAGACUCGCACGGUUUUCUCCCGGAGUCAGGUGUACCAGCUGGAGUCCACCUUCGACAUGAAGCGCUACCUGAGCAGCUCGGAGCGGGCCUGCUUGGCCUCCAGCCUGCAGCUGACCGAGACUCAGGUCAAGACGUGGUUCCAGAACCGCAGGAACAAGUGGAAACGGCAGCUCUCGGCCGAGCUGGAGGCGGCGAACAUGGCGCACGCCUCGGCACAGACUCUGGUGGGGAUGCCGCUGGUCUUCAGAGAGAACUCCUUGUUGCGGGUUCCGGUUCCGAGGUCCAUCGCCUUCCCGACACCGCUGUACUACCCGGGGAGCAACCUGCCGGCUCUACCCUUGUACAACCUGUACAACAAGAUCGAGUAUUAACGGAGCCCCACUCCACCCCAAAACACAUGAAACACGUGUUCAGUACAAUAUUCAGCUGAAGCUUCCUUCUGUGUAUAAACUGUGUAUAAUUAUUAUAAUAAUUUUGUAUUUGGUUUAUCAAAGGAAAUAUCCAACUUCGCGGUCACAUCAUAUCAUAAACGCAUUUAUUUCGCAUUGAACCUUGUUGGCUGGUUUUAAAUACAAUUC